CAAACUAUAUCGGCUACUCUCCCAGGCAAGCGCCCCGGCGAUGGCAUCACGCACAGUCGUCACAACGUAUCCAUCUGUAAUUACCAGCUUGUAAUCCCGGAACAGCAAAUUGUCAAUAGAAAGAGCAGUACACGGAUACAGAGGGAAGGAGGCAGACAGGAGAGGAGCGGGUAGGCGUAUCGCCUCCCGGGACAAAGCGCCGCACAGUGUGAAAGUAACUGCAGGAGGGGACGGAGAGGCUUACCGUGGCGGAUCAGAGCGCUUUUUGAGAAGAAGGUACAUCAAAGAUUUCAGGCUGGUUUCCUAGCGGAAUUUAUCAUGUUUUAUUCUGACCUAUAACGCCUCUAUCUAUAAGCCAUCCACCGGGCAGCACGCACUGUUGUUCGGCGCCUCUCCUUGGAGAGACCGACGCGGAGAGAAGAGAGAGAGAGGUCAAGACAAAGUCACUUCUGUGGCUGAAAAGAGGGGACGAACGUUUACCAAGCUUCUCUGAUUCUGCAGUUUAUUUUCUACCCAUUUAUAGCCUACUCUUAUUGCUUAAUGUAUUACCUUGAGGUGGAUAAUCACCUAUCGACCAAUUCAACCAGAUAGGAAUAUUAUCCUGCAGAUAAGAGUGCAGAUCAAAUGCAAAGAGCUGUUAAUGAGUGAGAUAUGAUGUUGGUGCAGGAAUGACUGCUGAAUGGGGGAGCAAAGAGCAUUUAUAGGGGAGCUUACGGAGACCGGCUGAGUAGCCCAAGACGACGACCGUGCCCGGUUUCACCAAGUACAGAGACGUUUCCUCACUCUCCCUGUUCAUUGCUUUUCCUCUACUCAGAGGGACACAGGACCCUGGCGAUAUUAAGCCCAGCGGUUGAGUGUUUUACUUUAAAUGACCGAAUAACGGAAUCUUAACGGAAACGCGCUGAGCUCAUGUGGAGACCAAAUGAAUGCGCAACGCGACGGGGAGCCGGUUUAACGGCGUUUUUUCCACGCUCACAGUUCCGUCCCAGUGGAUCAGCUGCGGACACCGGAUUGCUGUAGGUUAUCGGCUCCACCGGUCGUGUACCCAUACAGGGCUUUAAAUGCAAAGUCAGCGGGAACUAAAUUGAAACGCCUCGCUUGCCCCACCACCACUCCGGGAACCCCGCAGCGCGACCAGCGUCGUGCGGUGCAUGACCCCCCAAAAAGUGGAUAGUAUUUCUUAUUUGGUUUGAGAGAUUAUCUGACCAGGAGGAUGUUUUUUUAACAUAUUAAUUGCUGAGUGGAGUUCUUCACCUGGCUUGACAAGAUUGGGAGAUAACCGGAGGAGAAACCGCCACCUAACCGGAGAGGAGAGGGAGACGCGCAGGUCUUUAGAUCCAUCUCCCUGGGCCAUCUUUUUUCUUUUCAGUCCAUCUACCAGUCGCCACAAUGCAUCUUCAUGCUGAGUCAUAAUAAAUCACAGCACACCACAUAGAGUUGCCCUGUUCCCAGUGGAGGAUAAUGGAAAGGCUGUGGUUCUCUUUGCUGUUGCUGGCAGCAGCAUGCAGGGGACAGCCGUGUCCGAAACGCUGUAUGUGCCAGAGUCUUUCUCCAUCGCUGGCUAUCCUCUGCUCCAAGACAGGCUUGCUGUUUGUUCCUGCUGCCAUUGACCGGCGUACCGUGGAGCUACGGCUCCAAGAGAACUUCAUUACAGCUGUCCGAAGAAAGGACUUUGCCAACAUGACCAGCCUGCUACAUCUGACCCUGUCCAGAAACACCAUCAGUCAAAUUCUCCCUUCAGCCUUCAAUGACCUGCGGCGAUUGAGAGCACUCCACCUAGACUCUAAUAGAUUAACUAUGAUCAAGGAUGACCAUUUCAAAGGACUAACCAACCUUCGUCACCUGAUCCUUGCCAACAACCAGCUCCACUCCAUAUCUCCCCAUGCCUUUGAUGACUUCCUGUCCACGCUGGAAGAUCUUGACCUCAGCUACAACAACCUUGCCCAGGCACCCUGGGACACGAUCGGGCGCCUAACCAACGUCAAUACCCUAAAUAUGGAUCAUAACCUCAUAGAAAAUGUUCCCCAAGGGGUAUUCACCAACCUACACAAGCUGGCUAGGCUAGACAUGACAUCCAACAAGCUGAAGAAAAUUCCCCCAGACCCGUUGUUCCUUAGAAUCCCAGUUUAUGCCAAGUCCAAAGGCUCCCCCCUCACCUCCCUGGUGUUGAGUUUUGGUGGCAACCCCCUUCACUGUAACUGUGAACUUCUGUGGUUGAGAAGACUGACCAGAGAAGAUGACCUCGAGACAUGCGCCUCUCCCCCUGACCUCAGUGCCAAGUACUUCUGGACAAUACCUGAAGAGGAGUUUAUUUGUGACCCACCAGUUCUGACGCGUAAGUCUCCUCAUACAGUUGCUAUGGAAGGCCAACCUGCCAGCCUGAAGUGCAAGGCGAAUGGCGACCCAGAGCCUGAAGUCCACUGGAUCAGCCCUGAAGGGCGACUUAUAUCUAAUGGCUCCAGAACUUUGGUUUUCCCCAACGGAAGCCUGGAGAUCAAUGUAACAUCCCUGAAAGAUUCAGGUAACUUUACCUGCAUUGCCUCUAACGCAGCAGGUGAAUCCACAGGAAGGGUGGAGCUAGUCGUCACGGCGAUGCCCCAUCUGGCCAACAGCACAAGCCGUAGCCGAGACCCAUCCUCUGACCCUGCCCCAUCUGACAUCCUAACCUCCUCUAAGGUUGCACUGCCUAACAACGAGACCAGAGGGGCAGACCGCAGGGUCUCAUUGAUGGAACUGACAGGAAACUCUGCCCUCAUUAGAUGGAGCAGUCAGGCUCCUACAACUGGAGUCAGGAUGUUCCAGGUCCAAUACAACAGCUCUGGGGAUGACACACUGGUUUACAGGAUGAUUCCAUCCAGCAGCAAUGACUUCCUGGUUCGGGACCUCGCGGCUGGGCGCAACUACGAUCUUUGUGUCCUGGCUGUGUUUGAUGAUGUCAUCACAUCACUGACUGCAACACGUCCUUUGGGCUGUCUGUCAUUCACCACAGACACAGAGUUCAGCCAGUGCCAAGCAUUGCACAGCCACUUCCUGGGUGGCACUAUGAUCAUCAUCAUUGGAGGGAUUAUUGUUGCUUCUGUUCUGGUUUUUAUUAUCAUCUUAAUGAUACGAUACAAGGUUUACAGCCACCAAGGGGCAGGCAAUGGAAAAGCAGCCAUUGCGGCGACUGCGCCAAGACCGCAGAGCAACGGACAAGGAGGAGGCGGACAGGUCCAAGUCCUCCCUCACUCUGCCUCAAAAAUGCCUGACAGUCAGGACGACCAAGCGCUAGCGCCGUCCAAGGCCAUGUCGCCUAGCAACACUCUGAAAGACACUGUGGCAUUGGUCGAGGAGGCGAGCAGUGGACGGAGCAUAAUGACAAGGACUGACUCCUUGGCCAAUGAGGAGUUGAUCUCGCCCACCAAGGCCCGCUUCUCCUCCAGGGUGGCUAUUGAGAUGAAAAGCAGGCCGCCAUCUGUCGCCAAAGAGCCCACCUCCCCCAAGGAACUGGCAGCAGCAGAUGACAGGCGACCUCAUAGUGUCGAAUGGAGAGCCUUUAAGAUCUGAAGGUCUCUUGGCAUCAUAAAGAGAGCGUGCCAACACUACAAACAAAGAACCCCUGAUGUUGUCCUGAGUGGCAGAUGUGGAGAACGUCACCACCAGGGAGAAGCUGGUGAAAACUGAAGAAAAAAGGCCCUAUAGCUCCUCUCCUGUAUCUCCUGUUUACUAUUACCCAUUACUUUGUUUCAUGAGUAUGAUGAGGAAAUAGACCUAUACUGUCUGGUUUACUUUCAACUGCUAAUCUUGGUUCUCAUGUCUGGAUUGGACGACCACGUCAAGGCCCGCUGUUUGUUCGGCCGUUGACUGGCCAGUUGCUGCAGGAUCCAGCUGUCGGUGUGAUCAUCUUAAAUCCCUUUUUUCAUGGAAAGGCACACAAUGAAUGCUGAUUUUUCCAUCUGUAUCAGUGUGGAAGUGGAUACAAUGGGCGUAGAUAAGUUAAAAAAAGAAACUUAAAGAUACGUGGAUGUGUCACAACAUAAAAAUUGACAGAAAAUAUGAAUUACCUUGAAUUCAACAUUUGGAGCCGCAUUAACAUGCACCGACAGGUACCGAGCGUGCGGUAAAAACAGACAGAAAAUAAAUGGCUAAACAGUAAAAGUUGUAUGCAUAGAUAAUCACACUCAACCUGGAUAAACAAUAUGUUAGACUGCACAAACAGAGAGGGAACUAAAUCACACAAAAAAUGUCUGGAUGGGUCUGCUUUUAUGUUAACAUCUCAAACAAUAAUGGCUCACUGUUUCUAAAAAUGAACAGAUAGGAAUCUGAACAUGACUGGCUCUCAGUGGCUCCACUCUAUUAAUCCAUGUGGAAUAAUGCAGUUAUGUUAAACCGAACUGAACUGAACUGAACUGAACUGAGCUGAUCCUGGAGCUGGUGCUGGAUCUUAACCUUGACUGGACCCUGUUAUCUCUCAAUCAGAGGUUUGUUUCUGGAAAGCACAUACUAUGUAACAAAAACAUGAACGAAACUGGACCCAAACCUGGACCCAGUGAAGCCUGAACUGGAAUUGUACAUCAUUAAAGGAUUCAGAAUGUGCACGUGAUCUGUGCAGACUAAACUGGACUAGAUUAGACAGGCCUGUUACCUAUUGGUCUAGUCUGUGGAUUCUACUGCUCGGGUCCGAUAUCUACUGCUUUCCACUGGAUGAGACUGGUGAGGACCUUGUGGACCCUUAACAGCCUCUCUAACAUCUCCCCAGGCCCACUUAUACUGACACACACAGUUACAGAUCUAAAAAUGACCCUGGGUUGUCCGACAUAUCACUGCUGGAUCCUGCACUCAUUACACAUGACUAUCCUGCUGUGUGAGUGAGAAGCAUUCGGAAGAAGAAAAGAGGAGAGCACAUCUCAGAUCCAGUGAUCAGGAGAAAAGCCACGUCUCAAGUCAAGAAGGAAACAUGAACAGAUAAGAGAAAAAAAUUAUAAAGUAGCGGGGAAUCACAGUUAGCCAAAUUGUGUCAAUUUCAGCCUUCAUCCUUGUCAAAAUCAUCAUCACUGUCAUCACUGAAUAAGCUUACAGGCCCAGAGUUCUACACUGGAAAUCUAAAUACUUUAAUAUGACGAAAAAUGCUGUUUGCCUAUUGAUGACUGCACCACCUGCAUUGUUAACAUCAUAGUUGUAGUCAUCCAGGCCCUCUGCACAUCUUCAUUACCACAUCCUCAUUCUCACUGUAACCGUGGAGUGUGUUUGCGUGCAAACAGCAUGAUGGAUAACAGGUCACAUCUCACCUAAUGUUCUCUUUCUGAAGUGUCACAUCUUCAUGUGUGACUGACAGAUAUCCCUUUAUAUCAAUCAUCAGAAUGACCCAGGUUCUCUAUACUAGCAUCUCUCUCAUUAUUCCUGUGCUUUGACUCUGACAUCAUGCUGGUUAUAGUAAAUGUGAUACUCUAUGUGGUACAUACUGUAGGUGCCAUCUCAGACAUGUACUGUCCAUAUGAGCGUGUGAUUGUGCUCGCCGCCAUUGCCACUGUCAUUAUUAUCAUGAUGAUUGUUACCUGCAGAGAUGUAAGUUGGUAAAAGAGCAAAUAGACAGAGAACCUCAAACCCUUUUGACCCAUCUCAGAAGAAAAGCACCCAAAAAAAACAAAAGAAAAACGCAAGCUUUGUUUUCACUUUCUCCCCCUCUGUUCUCUCCUCACUUUUUCUUUGGGCUUUAUCUUUUGUAUUUGUACAUAAAGCAAUUUCAAAUCUUAUAGUUUUGUACAUGUAAUUUUUAUGGUGUGUGGCAUCUUUUCAAUAAAAUAAAACAAAAAAUGAACGAUUGUGUCCUA